GGUUCUUGCGAUCUAUUUGUAUGAAAAUUGGCAUGCGAAAGAAAGACCCAGUCUAUGUUCAGAGCAACCUGGUAAUUGCUGCUUCUUGCCGCACUGGGGAAGUUUCUGCGAGGAAGGUUUCAUCUUUUGGACCAAUAGAUCAGCAUGGGUGACCAUGAUUUUAGCACUGCUGUUUCCUCAUCAACAAUGUGGUGUGGUUUAAGUAUCUUUGUGCCUCACUGAUGGGAACUUCGUAGGAAAGAAAAGAUUUUGAAGCAAUCUACAUGCAAGUAGGGGGUGCGUUGAGCUUUCAUGGCUGCGAAAGCUCGAGCAAGAUCGCGGGACUUUUCGCGGCAAUUCUGGCCCGUGCUGCGGCAUGCCUUCAGCGAAUGCUGCCUGAUCAUAAUGCUCUUUGUGACCGCUCUGCUGUCAUAUAUGGCCACAAGGUUCGCACGCAUGUGCAGGCUCCAGUCACCAUGUAUGCUGUGCACGAGAUUGGAUCGGUUUCUACAUGGCAAGGUCUGGUUCUCUGAAGAACUGGUUUGUGCUGCACACAGGUUGGAAAUUUCAAGUUUGUCGUAUUGCCAGAGUCACAACAAGCUUGCGCACUCUGAUGAUCUAUGUGAAAGGUGCCUCCUUUCUUCCACUGCCUCGGUUGGUAAGCCUGGUAACCUGACAAACAUGGAUGUUAAGGAGAAGUUGAAUUCUCGGUCGAGAUCUAGGCACACGCAGCUGUGUUCUUGUUGUUCAGUGCCGUGCAAUAAGACACGUAAUUCACACAGGUUAUCUGCGGCUGCAAAUGGCAGGUUUCAAGAUGAUGAUAUGAGCAAAUUAAAAGAGAGAAGGAUAACCAUGGCAAGUGUAGGGCAUUCUUCAGAUGACGGCUCUGAUUACUUGCCUAAUGAAGGUUACAGAAAGCUCAAGGUUCGCCACAAUUCUGAAACUGAGAUCCACAUAUCAGAUGGUGAUGAUGAUGGCAAUUCAGUACCUCAUGGAGCUAGAGAACGACCCAAGGACAUCUCUAGUCAUGAUGUGCAGGUGCAACCAAUUAUCUCCAGCACCAACAGCUUGUCAAUGCUUCCUAUAGAUAAUACUGUUAUGACAAGGUCCAUGGAACCACUGAAUACUGCAAGAGAUACUGGCAGUCAAUCUAGUGGCACCAACGUUGGAAACGCUGCAAAAUCUUUGGAUCGUGCUAUUGAGCAUGGUUUGGAUGAAAUCAACUGGAGUCAAGUCCAUGCAAAUCACAACAACAUCGACAUGCGGUCGAAGGCUAUGCCUGAACAAGUUUGUGCAGAACUUCCAAAACACAAAACUUUUCUUGUUGGUAUGGAGGAAGUCGGCGAUCCUUUUGAGGGUGUUUCAGGAAGCCCUGAUGAGGAAGCUGCAACGGGGUUUGAUGCUUCCGCAAAUGCUGGAACAAGCUCAAGUGCAGACGCUCAUGUCAACAGCAACAACAUCAUGAAAAAUGCUUCUGCCAAUAGAGGCUACCUUAAAUCUCCUCGUUUGUCUGAAAUAAUCUCUGCUAGGGACACCAAUACAAAAACUCAUGGAGAAGUGAAGACAUUUCUGUCACAAUUGUCUUCUGCAAGAGGCUUUGAUGGCCCUUGGAGCGAGACAGCUACUAGCCCCAGAAUCAGCACACAGAUUGAUGAGUACAGACAAUAUGAUCCUACUGGUAUGGCAUCAUUUCUCGAGAGGAACAACUCAAAUCUGGAGCCAUUUGAUGUCAAUACCACUAGUGAAGAUGAAGGUGAAAGUUCUCUUGAGCGUUUGAAGCAGCAGGCUGAUCUUAACCAGAAAAAACUGAGUAUUCUUUAUAAGGAGCUUGAGGCAGAACGGAGUGCUUCAGCGGUGGCAGCAAGCGAAGCGAUGGCUAUGAUCAAUAGAUUGCAAGAGGAAAAGGCUGCAAUGCACAUGGAGGCGCUGCAGUAUCUUAGGAUGAUGGAAGAGCAGGCUGAUCAUGACCAGGAAGCAAUUGAGAAGUUAAAUGACUUGCUUACGGAAAGGGAGAAGGAAAUACUUGACCUGGAAGCUGAACUUGAGAGCCAGAGCAGGCUUCACGAUGGACCAUUUGAAGUUGGAAAUUUUGGUGCUAUUGAUGGAGCUAUUGCAUUUGGAGUCUUGGAUGGCUCAGAUUUCAUGAGACAUGCCAUGUUUGAUUUUGAAGAUGAAAAGGCGAAGAUUUUGGACUCCUUACGAAGAUUGGAGGAAACACUUGGCAUGUCCUCCACAAAUAUACUUGAUUUGGGUGGCGCAAAUGAUAGUCUACAGAACGGACCACUGAGAGAUCACCCAAGGUGUGGUGACCAAUAUAUAGAAAACUUAGAGUUGGGGACUUCACUAUUGCCUCGGGAACACUUGAAUGGUGAAUCGGUUUCUUCUCAACAAAAUGAUGAAAAUCAAUCUGUUGAGAACCAAAAACCUGCUUCAUGUUCCCACUUAGACGAUGACAGAAUUCGUUCUAUGUCAAGUGUUAAACAUGAAGUUUCUCUCCUGAAUGCUAGAUUCGAGGCACUUGAAGCAGAUCAGAAUUUUCUCAAGCAAAUACUAAGUUCUCUUAGAUGUAGCAAUGAUGGAGUACAAUGUGUUCAGGAGAUAACUAGCCAUUUGCGAGAGCUCCGAAGAAUCACGACUGAACAAAGAGAGACGGCAGCUCUAUGACUUGUGAUUAAUCUCUCUGGAAGGUAA